CACACACACACACACACACACACACACACACACACACACUUUAUUUUCCUGACCGGAUGACUACCUUCGCUUUCAGACCUGUUGACACACAGACAGAUUCCACCGACCAGAUGAUUAAGAAAACUGUGCGGAGACUAAAUUAAUGCCAGAGAGCUGUUACUGAUGGUCUGUCUGUCUGUCCAUGUGUCCAUCUUUUUGUUUGUUUAUUUGAGCAGUUAAAGGUCUUCCUCGUCUGAAUUCAUCCUCAGCAUCUAUCCUCUGAGCGACUGGAUAAAAGAGAUGGGACCUCGUACAGCAGGCAGGCAUAGGACCUUUCCCAGCACUGGCUGAGUCCACCUGCACAUGUCCAGAUUUAAAACAAAAUGACUGAAAUCAAAUUAACAUGUACACAACAACAACAGUCAGUGGCUCCUUCUAAGGAGGUGAAGGUUGCUGGCGGUAGACAAUGUGGAGGUCAGGGAACAGCCCGGCUGAGGAGCUGCAGUGAUGGCAGCAGAUACAGCAGGAGAGGAGUCAGCCUUCACAACUCCACUUCUUCCCCAGUGCUCUACAACCCUAAAUCAGUCCUGAAAAGACCAGUGAGUACAGAAGAGCUGCAAAGACCAGGAGGACCCUACAUGAAGAAAACAUUUACAAUUGUGGGUGAUGCAGUGGGUUGGGGAUUUGUGGUAAGAGGAAACAGGCCGUGUCACAUUCAGGCUGUGGAGCCCUGUGGCCCAGCUGCUGCUGCUGGGAUGAAGGUUUGUCAGUUUGUGGUUUCAGUCAACGGGCUCAAUGUUCUCGAUCUGGACUACCGCACUGUCAGCCACCUGAUCCUAACAGGACCCAGAACUGUGGUGAUGGAGGUGAUGGAGGAGACCAACCACUGAGCAAUGAAAGAAACACUGACGGAUGGACAGUACAGCAGAAGCUGCGAAUGGCUUUUAUGAAACAGUUACUUAUACAUGUGUUGUUGAGGUUUUCUUGAAAGAACUGCAAGAAUAUAGAAAUGACACAAGAGGAAACAUUGUCAGGAAUGACAUGGGAAACAUUCUGUGUUAAAAUUAUUGUCGAUGGAGGGUGUUUUCAGAUUGCUUGACUGACAAUUAACUUUAAGAUCAACACUCUGGAUGACAAUAUCUGUCAGUUCUGUAUGGUAGUACUCAGGGGUGCAGUGCCAUUUGUUUAAGUACCGGAUCGCACCUAUUACAAAUGAUGAAGCAUGAUACAUCAUUGCAUGUGCAUGUUAAGUUGUGGCUCGUUUCAAACAUUAUGUAACCAGUGUUUCUACAGUGGCAAGUUUUCAUGCAUCAGCCAUCUAUAACUGACCACAGUAUUAAAUGUUAGACAGACUUUAUAAAA